UGCUGCGCUGUUUGGGGAUAAAUAGUUGCACUUGGUGCUUCACAGUUUCACAGUUUAUGGAGAAACAACUGAAAUGGGAUUUUUUUGAAACAAUAAUUUUUUUGGAAUAAAUCGUAAAAGCUGGAAGGAUAAGUCAAAGGACAUUAGUGUUUUAUCACCUAAUAAUUUAAUUUAGUUAAUUUCACAUACCCAUAGCUAUAUAUAUAUAUAUAUAUAUAUUUUAAAUCUUGAAUAAUAUGUGCGCGUAAUAUUGAUAUUAUUAUCAUAUUCCAACUGGCAGAUCCCCAUCAUGGAUAUUAUAUGGAAGAGGAUUGACCCAGCGACUCCCAGAGCUCUGUUAGUGGCAUUUGUGACUCUGUUGUUCUCCCUACAACUGUGGCGGUGGCUCCGGCAGCGGUCUUUAACCUGCCCGCCUGGUCCGCUCGCCUGGCCGGUCAUAGGGAACGCUGCGCAACUUGGCAACGCACCGCACUUGUAUUUUACGCGCAUGGCGAAGAAAUAUGGCAACAUCUUCCAAAUUAAACUGGGCUGCAGGACCGUGGUGGUGCUGAACGGGGACUCCAUCAAACAAGCACUGGUCAAACAGGGACCUCAAUUUGCCGGCAGACCGGAUUUCACCUCUUUCCAGUACAUCUCCAACGGGGACAGUCUCGCUUUUGGCACCGUGUCGGACUGGUGGAAGGUGCACCGCAGAGUGGCCCAUUCCACUGUCCGCAUGUUUUCCACCGGGAACCCGCAAACAAAAAAAACAUUUGAGCACCACAUCAUCUGCGAGUUCAAAGAGCUUCUGGAGCUGUUUGUUGGAAAAACGAAGGAGCACCAAUAUUUCCAGCCCUUGACAUAUCUCGUGGUGUCCACUGCCAACACCAUGAGCGCGGUGUGUUUUGGGAAGCGCUACUCCUAUGAGGACGAGGAGUUUCGGCAGGUGGUGGGGAGGAACGACCAGUUCACCCAAACUGUAGGCGCAGGGAGCAUAGUGGACGUGAUGCCCUGGCUCCAAUACUUCCCCAACCCCAUCAAAACAAUAUUUGAUAACUUCAAGAGGCUCAACCUGGAGUUUGGCAUCUUCAUUCGAGAUAAAGUCAUUGAGCACAGAAAAACAAUCCAGUCCAGCACCAUCAGGGAUAUGACAGAUGCUUUUAUUGUGGCGCUGGACAAACUGAGCGAAAAAGGAGUUUCACUGGGGAAGGACUUCGUGCCCCCCACUCUUGGGGAUAUAUUUGGUGCAAGUCAAGACACACUGUCAACUGCCAUGCAAUGGAUCGUCAUCAUACUUGUCAAGUAUCCGGAGAUGCAGGUGCGUCUCCAGCAGGAGGUGGACAAGGUGGUGGACCGCAGCCGGCUCCCGUCCAUCGAAGACCAGCCGCAGCUGCCUUACGUCAUGGCCUUCAUCUACGAGGUGAUGCGCUUCACGAGUUUCGUGCCUCUCACCAUCCCCCACUCCACCACCACAGACACCACCAUCAUGGGCUACACCAUACCAAAGAACACAGUGGUCUUCGUCAACCAGUGGUCCAACAACCACGACCCGAACAUUUGGUCCCACCCAGAGACCUUUGACCCCUUGCGUUUCCUGGACCAGAACGGUGCACUGAACAAAGACCUGACCAGCAACGUGCUCAUCUUCUCGCUGGGCAAGCGGCGGUGCAUUGGUGAGGAGCUGUCCAAGAUGCACCUGUUCCUCUUCACGGCCCUCAUCACCCACCAGUGCAACAUCACCGCAGACCCGGCCAGACCGCCUAAACUGGACUGCGACUACGGUCUGACUUUGAAACCCCACGCCUUCUUUAUAGCAGUGUCUCUUCGGGAAGACAUGACGCUGCUGGACACGGCAACCAGGCAGGCUAAGGAGGACAAGGUGGAGCCCUCAUCAGACUCCCAAACACAAGAAUAAAUGAAAUCAGAACUAUAAUGACUACAAAUGAAGGCUGAAAUAUAAAGACUUAUGAACUGUAGCUCAUCUUUGUGAGCUGCCUGAAAAAUAUAUUUAUAAGCUGAAAUCUCAGGCUAAAUUCUUAUCCUUUAUACACUGUAUAUAAAACACUUCAUAUGACAGUGAAUUGAGAAUGAUUACACAUUUGUGAUCAUCGAUUGCUGACUUGUUUUUAAGUAUUAUAGCGCCAGACAGAAACAGAUGGGGCAUCUGUUUCCUAGGAGACACGAUGAACUGCACACAUCACUUUUGAUUCAUCAAAGACUGCAGCCAGCAUCACAUCACCAGUGAUCAGCCUCCAUCAGAACUCAGUAAAGGCAACAUUUGUUGAUUUUAGUGUGAAUGGCAUUACUGCAAGAGUUUAAUGACAAGUAGAAACCAUCAAGUUUGUGUCCAUCAUGUUGUCAUUGUUGAUGUCAGAUAAAGAGUUCUAAACCCUUUCGAAUUCAAGUCAAAUUUUCCAACAUAUAAAAGAAUGUUUAAUCUGUGAAGUUAACUCAUCGAAACCGGACUUUCGAGAUUUUUUGACAUGAUAAAAGUGAUGUGCCAUCGAGGGUCAGACUCUUGAUCUGUGCAGUGAUUCAGUUGAAUAAGCUCACGGAGUGCUUCAGCCCUUCAGCUUAAUGUCUACUAAAAUAAACCGCCCAGUACUAAUGUGUAGUUUUUUGACAUAUAGCAUAAAAUCAUAGUUUCUCAGGAAUAAGUCCUAUGAAAUGUAAUAUACUGUUUGUUUUUUUUAACCAGAAUGCUUUUGAAAGUAAUCUAAUAUAUCUUGAAACUUACUGUAGAAGCUGUUUGAAAGGAUGAGGCAAAGGAGCUUCAACAGUAAACCAGACCUGCUGCAUGUGCUGCUUGUGUCCGUGAACUGCUGUACAACACACAUAUGAAAAGGACUAAUAUUAGAUCAGUGUUAUUUAGCCAUUUAUUUCUCUAUUUUUUUGUCACUUGCAAAAGUUUGAAUGUCUUAGAAAGCUGCUCUUAAAAAAAAAAAAAAGAAAAGAAAAAAGAACCCUUAUCCUGUCAUUUAGGUUCCCUCUUCAAGAUGCCAGUAACCAAACGAUUUAUGUUAUCUACUAAAAUAGUCAUGCUGUCAAACUUGGGGUGGGGACACUGGGGGUAACUGUUUUUUUUUGUGUAGACUCAUCUAACUGCGGUCUCAGCAUGGGAGACUAAUGCACUGACUGUAAUGUAUUGGAUUUGGGCAUUUGUUGGUCUCCUGUUUGGCUUAAUGAAACUCAGAUUCAUCUUCAAAAUGACAUGUGACUUUAAGAAAGUGUUAACAGUUAUUUUUGUGUUUUAAUACAGUAACAAUCUCAAUGUAUCUAGAGCUACAUAUACAGAAUGUAGAAUUUUUUUUUUAAACACAUGAAUGUUUACAAUGAGAAUCCAAAUUCUACAUGAAAUUAAAGCACUGCUGAGAUGAAGUUCAUAAGAUUAGAAAAGCAUUGCAUAAGCUUUCAUGUUUCCUUGUUUUCUGUAAAAGAAAUAAUUAAAUGUUAAGUAACAUGCUUAUUUUGACAUAAUUUAAAUCGAAAAAAGUAGAUUCAGUCAUCAAAUAAUAAAGUUGACCUGCUAUUAUCCUGUUCAUGUAACUUGGGAGACUUACCAACUGCAAACAUCUCAUAAAAACAUGAUGGGGGUCAAGAAAUACUUCAAAUCCAGUAUUUACAGUGUCUUUACCUCAUAUAUGCUUCUUUUACAGAACUAUACAAAUCAGAUGAGUGAAACACAAAAAUGUUAUCACUUCUCACUGUAGGAAUACUUUAAGUUUUUGUAUACACAUUAAUGCAUCUGUGAUUCAUUCGCUUGCCUGAACAUUGUUUGAUUGAUAUUUUAUUGUAAUAAAAGAAUAUUAACUAUUCUUUUGGUAUUCACUGAUGCAGUUUCAUAUGAUGGAAAUAGGUUCAAAAAGAUAACAACACAUUCAAAAUGAGCUUGAAAAGUUUAAACUUCUUAAGCACGGGCAGUAUUUUAAGUUAAGAAUGGUAUACGCACAUAAGUUACUCUGUAUUCGCUGCUGAUGAAGC